GGAUUGGCAACUGCCGGGAGAUACUGUACUAUACGAUCUUCGCUCUUCUGGGCAUCCCUGCAGUCAGAGGCCAAGAUGAUGUCUCCCCAUAUUUCAAGACAGAGCCGGUGCGCACUCAGGUCCAUUUAGAAGGGAACCGUUUGGUCCUCACCUGCAUGGCAGAAGGCAGCUGGCCCCUGGAGUUCAAAUGGUUGCAUGACAACAGGGAGCUGACCAAGUUCUCAUUGGAAUAUAGGUACAUGAUCACCUCCCUGGACCGAACGCAUGCCGGCUUCUACCGCUGCAUCGUGCGCAAUCGCAUGGGAGCCCUGCUGCAACGGCAGACUGAAGUGCAGGUGGCAUACAUGGGAAGCUUUGAAGGAAGUGAGAAGCAGCAGAGCGUCUCGCAUGGAGAAGCUGCCGUCAUCCACGCUCCCCGCAUUGCCAGCUUCCCUCGCCCACAGGUCACAUGGUUCCGUGAUGGGCGCAAAAUCCCUCCCAGCAGCCGCAUAGCCAUCACGCUGGAGAACACUCUUGUGAUCUUGUCGACAGUGGCACCUGAUGCUGGGAGGUACUACGUGCAGGCCGUGAACGACAAAAACGGAGACAAUAAAACCAGCCAACCCAUCACGCUCACCGUGGAGAAUGUAGGUGGCCCAGCUGACCCCAUUGCACCGACCAUCAUUAUCCCACCACGUAACACCAGUGUAGUCUCUGGGACUUCAGAAGUGACCCUGGAGUGUGUCGCCAAUGCCAGGCCCCUCAUCAAGCUGCACAUCAUCUGGAAAAAGGGCGGGAUUCCGGUGUCCGCUGGCAUCAGUGACUACAACCGGCGCCUGACCAUCCUCAAUCCCUCGCUGAGUGACAGUGGCUACUACGAGUGUGAAGCUGUUCUGCGCAGCAGUAGUGUUCCCUCUGUGGUUCGGGGAGCCUACCUCUCGGUGCUGGAGCCACCCCAGUUCACUAAGGAACCAGAGAGACACAUCACAGCUGAGAUGGAGAAGGUGGUGCAGAUUCCCUGCCAGGCCAAAGGUGUGCCUCCACCCAGCAUGUUCUGGUACAAGGAUGCAGUGCUGCUCGGAGUGGAGAAGCUGGCCCGUUUCCAUCUCCUUGCCAAUGGGAGCCUGCAGAUCAGUGGGCUGGUGCCGGAUGAUACGGGCAUGUUCCAGUGUUUUGCCCGCAAUGCUGCCGGCGAGGUGCAAUCCUCCACGUACCUGGCUGUCACCAGCAUUGCCCCCAACAUAACCAAAGGGCCGCUGGACAGCACGGUGAUUGACGGCAUGGCUGUGGUGCUCAGCUGUGAGACUUCAGGGGCUCCCAGACCAGCCAUCACCUGGCAGAAAGGUGAACGGAUCCUGGCGAGCGGCUCGGUGCAGCUUCCUCGUUUUACACUGCUGGAGUCAGGAAGCCUGCUAAUCAGCCCUGCACGGAUCUCAGAUGCUGGCAGCUACACUUGCCUAGCCACCAACUCCCGUGGAGUUGAUGAGGCAUCCGCUGAGCUUGUUGUCUGGGCCCGGACACGCAUCACCAACCCACCUCAGGACCAAAGCGUCAUCAAAGGCACCAAGGCUUCCAUGACUUGUGGAGUGACCCACGACCCCAGUGUGGUAGUUCGGUACAUGUGGGAGAAGGACGGAGUGACGUUGAAUGUGGAGAAUGUGCCACGGCUGCGGCUGGACAAUACGGGCACUUUGCACAUUGCCCAGACCUGGUCAGGCGACAUUGGCACCUAUACCUGUCGGGUGGUGUCAGCUGGAGGCAAUGACUCUCGCAGCGCCCACCUGAGAGUCCGGCAGCUGCCGCAUGCACCUGAAAACCCCAUUGCCAUGCUGAGCACUGUAGAGAAACGUGCCAUCAACCUGACGUGGACCAAACCCUUCGAUGGAAACAGCCCACUGCUGCGUUAUAUCCUGGAGGUCUCCGAGAACAAUGCUCCCUGGACAGUGCUCAUGGCCAGUGUGGACCCCGAAGUGGCCUCAGUGCUGGUGAGAGGAUUGGUUCCUGCCCGCUCAUACCAGUUCCGACUCUGUGCUGUCAAUGAUGUGGGCAAAGGCCAGUUCAGCAAGGACACUGAGAGGGUUUCCCUCCCCGAAGAACCCCCCACAGCACCCCCGCAGAACGUCAUUGCCAGUGGCCGCACUAACCAGUCCAUCAUGAUCCAGUGGCAGCCACCACCUGAAAACCACCAGAAUGGCAUCCUCAAGGGCUACAUUAUCAGAUUUUGCCUGGCUGGCCUGCCUGUCGGCUACCAAUUCAGGAACAUCACCAAUUCUGACGUCAACAACCUGCUGCUUGAGGACCUGAUCAUUUGGACCAACUAUGAGAUUGAAGUGGCUGCGUACAACAGCGCUGGGUUGGGUGUCUACAGUGCCAAAGUCACUGAGUGGACUCUCCAGGGUGUUCCCACUGUCUCCCCGGGUAACGUGCAGGCCGAAGCCACCAACUCUACCACCAUCCGCUUUACCUGGAACCCUCCCAGCCCCCAAUUCGUCAAUGGCAUCAACCAAGGCUACAAGCUGAUUGCCUGGGAACCCGCACAAGAAGAAGACGUGACUGUGGUGACAGUAAGGCCUAACUUCCAAGACAACAUCCACGUGGGUUAUAUCUCAGGCCUCAAGAAGUUCGCAGAGUAUUUCACCUCCGUGCUGUGUUUCACCACACCAGGCGACGGACCCCGCAGCCCACCGCAGCUGGUGCGCACCCAUGAGGACGUUCCGGGUCCGGUGGGACACCUCAGCUUCAACGAGAUCCUAGACACAUCUCUCAAAGUCAGCUGGCAAGAGCCCCUGGAAAAGAAUGGCAUUCUGACCGGCUACCGUAUCUCCUGGGAGGAAUACAACCGCACUAACACGAGGGUCACGCACUACCUGCCCAAUGUCACACUGGAAUACCGCGUCACUGGCCUCACUGCCCUCACCACCUAUACCAUUGAAGUGGCAGCCAUGACCUCCAAAGGACAGGGACAGGUUUCCUCUUCCACCAUUUCCUCUGGAGUUCCUCCAGAGCUCCCUGGGGCCCCUACUAAUCUGGGCAUCUCCAACAUUGGUCCCCGCUCAGUCACACUUCAGUUCCGUCCUGGUUAUGAUGGGAAGACAUCAAUUUCCAGGUGGCAGGUAGAGGCUCAGGUGGGCCAGACUGGUGAAAGUGAGGAGUGGACCCUCAUCCACCAGCUGUCUAAUGAGCCAGACUCCCGCUCCAUGGAGGUGCCCAACCUCAACCCCUACACAUACUACAGCUUCCGCAUGCGACAAGUGAACAUCGUAGGCACCAGCCCACCCAGCCUGCCUUCCCGCAGGAUCCAGACACUGCAGGCCCCACCUGAUGUAUCUCCUGCCAAUAUUACAUUGCGAACAGCCAGUGAAACCAGCCUCUGGCUGAGAUGGAUGCCCCUGCCAGAGACAGAAUACAAUGGCAGCCCUGAGUCUGUGGGCUACCGGUUGCGCUACUCGCGCUUGGAUGGGCGCAGCCGGACCCUGACCAACACCAUCCAUGACCGUGUGGAGCGCGAAUUCACCAUAGAGGACCUGGAAGAAUGGACUGAGUACCGCGUGCAGGUGCAGGCCUUCAAUGCCAUUGGGCCUGGGCCAUGGAGUCAGACCGUAGUGGGGCGAACCCGGGAGUCAGUGCCUUCAUCUGGACCCACCAACGUCUCCGCUCUGGCUACCACCUCCACCUCCAUGCUAGUGCGGUGGAAUGACAUCCCCGAGGCUGACCGAAAUGGGCUUGUCCUGGGCUACAAGGUUAUGUACAAGGAGAAGGAUUCAGAUGCGAGGGCCCAGUUCUGGUUGGUGGAAGGCAAUGCUUCACGGAGUGCCCAGCUCACAGGCUUGGGCAAGUACGUCCUCUAUGAGAUCCGGGUGCUGGCUUUUACCCGCAUCGGUGAUGGUGUGCCCAGCAGUCCACCCAUCCUUGAACGUACACUGGAUGAUGUGCCUGGGCCCCCAGUGGGCAUUCUCUUCCCUGAAGUGCGAACAACUUCGGUACGGUUAAUCUGGCAGCCACCUUCUGCUCCCAAUGGUAUCAUUCUGGCAUACCAGAUCACUCACCGCCUCAACACCACGACCGCCAAUUCAGCCAGUGUGGAAGUACUCAACCCCAGUGCACGCCAGUUUACUGCUACCGGUCUUCGGCCUGAGUCCACCUACCUCUUCCGAAUCACAGCACAGACCCGAAAGGGCUGGGGCGAGGCAGCGGAGGCACUGGUGGUCACCACAGAGAAGAGAGAUCGUCCUCAACCUCCCAGCAAGCCAGUCGUGUUGCAGGAAGAUGUCAAGGCAAGGAAUGUGCUGUUGUCCUGGGAGCCAGGCAGCGAUGGUCUCUCACCAGUCCGGUAUUACACUGUGCAGACCCGGGAGCUCCCUGAUGGGAAAUGGGCGCUCCAUUCUGCCUCUGUCAACCACAACACCACGUCCUUCAUAGUCAACAGGCUGAAGCCCUUCACCACCUACAAAUUCCGGCUCAAGGCAACCAACGACAUUGGUGACAGCGAGUACAGUGAAGAGUCGGAGUCACUCACCACACUACAGGCCGCCCCAGAGGAAGCCCCCACCAUUGUGUCAGUGAUACCACACACCACCACAUCAGUGUUGAUCCGCUGGCAGGCUCCAUCUGAGGACAAAAUCAAUGGCAUCUUGCUAGGCUUCCGCAUCCGCUAUCGGGAACUGGCGUAUGAAGGGGUGCGAGGCUUUACGGCCCGCAGCGUCGGCAAUCCCAGCGCAAAAUGGACAGAGCUGACCUCAACGUAUGCCAUGCGGAACCUGAGCGAGGCCUCCCUCACACAGUACGAGCUGGACAAUCUGAACAAGCACCGCCGCUACGAGAUCCGUAUGAGCGUCUACAAUGCUGUGGGCGAGGGGCCCACCAGUUCGCCACAGGAGGUCUUUGUGGGUGAAGCUGUCCCUACGGCUCCACCACAAAAUGUGGCCAUCCAGAGUGUCACAGCCACCCAGCUCGACAUCACUUGGAACCCACCACCUCCUGAGGCACAGAAUGGAGACAUCCAAGGCUACAAGAUCUAUUUCUGGGAGGCCCAGCGGCAGAAUGAAACCGAAAGGGUGAAAACCCUCUUCCUACCAGAGAAUGGCGUCAAACUCAAGAAUCUGACUGGCUACACUCCCUACCUUGUCAGCAUCCUGGCCUUCAAUGCUGCAGGCGAUGGGCCCCGUAGUGCCCCUAUCAAGGGCAGGACCCAGCAAGCAGCCCCCAGUUCCCCUGGCUCCAUCAAAUUCAGUGAACUCACCACCACCUCUGUGAAUGUGUCGUGGGAGCCGCCUCUUUUCCCAAAUGGCAUCCUUGAGGGCUAUCGACUCAUCUAUGAACCCUGCAUGCCUGUGGAUGGUGUCAGCAAGAUUGUAACAGUGGAUGUGAAGGGAAACAGCCCCCUGUGGUUGAAAGUCAAGGACCUGGCGGAAGGCGUCACUUACCGGUUCCGCAUCCGAGCCAAGACCUUCACCUAUGGUCCAGAAGUAGAAGCCAACAUUACCACGGGGCCUGGGGAAGGUGCUCCUGGCCCCCCAGGCGAGCCCUUCAUCUCCAGGUAUGGCUCAGCCAUCACCAUCCAUUGGUCGAGUGGUGACCCGGGCAAAGGGCCCAUCACCAGAUACGUUAUUGAGGCGCGUCCUUCAGAUGAGGGGCUCUGGGACAUUCUCAUAAAGGACAUCCCUAAGGAAGUGACCUCAUACACCUUUAGCAUGGACAUUUUGAAGCAGGGCGUCAGCUACGAUUUCCGAGUCAUUGCUGUCAAUGACUAUGGCUAUGGGACACCCAGCUCUCCCUCCCCAUCAGUCUCAGCUCAAAAAGCCAAUCCCUUUUAUGAGGAAUGGUGGUUCCUGGUGGUCAUUGCUUUGGUGGGACUCAUCUUCAUCCUCCUCCUGGUCUUUGUCCUUAUCAUCCGUGGGCAGAGCAAGAAGUAUGCCAAGAAGUCAGACUCAGGGAGCAACUCCAAGUCGAAUGCACUCAGCCACGGUGAGAUGGUCAGCCUGGACGAAAGCAGCUUUCCUGCUCUGGAGCUGAACAACCGGCGCCUGUCAGUGAAAAAUUCCUUCUGCAGGAAGAAUGGAAUAUACACGAGAGCUUCCAUGUCUCUCCCGAGGUCCCCACCCCGGCCCAGCCCUGGCUCCCUGCACUACUCUGAUGAAGAUGUUACCAAGUACAAUGAUCUCAUACCAGCUGAGAGCAGCAGCCUCACCGAGAAGCCUUCAGAAAUCUCUGACUCACAGGGAAGUGACAGUGAGUAUGAAGUGGAUCAGAACCAGCAGAAAGCCCAUUCUUUUGUCAAUCAUUACAUCAGUGACCCGACAUACUACAACUCAUGGAGACGCCAGCAAAAAGGCAUCUCACGGGCUCAGGCCUACAGUUAUACAGAGAGUGACUCCGGUGACCCUGACCAUUGCCCCAUGUCCAACAGCAACAGUACCCAGCAGGGCAGCCUCUUCCGACCCAAACCCAGUAGGACUCCAACCCCACAAACUCCAGUCAACCCUCCCAGCCAGCAGAGCACCCUUUACCGACCCCCCAGUAGCCUUGCCCCUGGGUCCAGAGCCCCUAUCGCUGGGUUUUCUUCUUUUGUUUGACAUUUCGAAAGGAAAGAAGAACAAGAGAACAAAAUGGUCAAGAAGAAAAAAAUAAUGGAUUUAAUAAUAAUAACAAUGAAGAACAUUUUGGUCCAGAAUUAUUAUUUUUCAGAGGCGAUGAGAAGAUCAUGUGGGAGACAAUCAGUCAUAGCUGAGUUUGGAAUCAUUGACUGCUGCUGCUUCUAGUAUUGCACAGUACUCUUCAAAGGAAUUACCUGUCUGCAGAGACGUACACCUAGAGCAAGACAGGAGACACGCCUGUUUCAAGGCCUAGUGUGGAAGAAAGGAAGGAAGACUACAGGGUAAAAGAUUGGGAGCCCCAAAACUAAGACAGUGUUUUGCGUUGCAGGCCACUCCUUGCUGAUCAACUUUCUAGACCGAGAAAAAACUUGUCAAUUGACAUUUCUCAGAAUAGACUCUAUGGAUUUUUGUUUUUAUUUCUUUUUUGUUCUCCAACCAAAGCUUUCCUCGGAGGGGAACGGGUUAGGGCUCGGCAGGCUGUACACAUGAGCCAAUUGGACUGCUGAAACCAGUGCUUGAUGCAGUACCUGUAAGUGUGAUGUGUAAAAGAUUGGCCAAUAAGAACAUGCUCCCAGCAGCUGACAACUGGCCAAUAAGAGAGGAAGACUCCCAAGUUUCACCCGCUGCAAUCUCACGGUGGCAGUUUGGGGGAGUUGGAACAACACUGAAGAGAAUCCUAGUCUCAGAAGCUACCUGGAACGGACUAUAGUGGCUUUGGCUGGGGGAAUAGCCCUAUACUCAGACCAGUUUUGCCUCUAUUUUGCUCUUCCACUCACAGCAGGAACAUUUGCAGAAGUUUGCCGAGCUGAAUGGUGCUGACUACAGACAGUGUGGGGUGUUGUUUUUUGUGCAUUUUGAUGUGAAGUUAGGAGGGUUCAUUUAAGAAUGGUUGGGAGGAAAUAGUAAGAUUCAAAGGAAUCAAUAUAUUGUCAUUUGGCAGAUACACUAUCAGGAUCACUUCAGCAGAAAGUGCCCUCCCCAUGGCUUUGUGGGAGAACUGAGCACCUGCAGCCAAACCAAGCCACGAGGCGGAAUCCAUCCCACAUGGCUGGAUAGUCUCUCAGCGCCCUGAUUUCUUCUCAGUUCCUUUUCCCCCAUUCACUUCAUUGGACAGGGAGAGAGGAAGGGAAAGGGGGCAAGCCCCAAUCCAAUUCAAGUGCAAUUUGAGGGGGCGUUCAGGGACAAGAUAUAAACUUGAUAAUAUAAAUGCUGCACAGUCCCUUGGUACUGGCUUUAGAAUGGAUAACCUCAGGGGGCUGUACUGUAGCCUCACUGCAGUGUUUUCUCUCCUCUUCCUGGUAUCAAAACUAAACAUUCUCUUCAGUUCCAUAGAAAAGGAGAGUUUGUCCCCAAGUCCCUUUUUUAUAGGGUGGUGUUCCCCCCCCCAAUUAUCCACAGCCCACAAACAUUAGGGUGGGGAGAGGGAGUGGGAACUGAGUUGGUGGUGAGAUGCAUUGAAAGUGUGAUAGCCUCCCCCACCCUCUCGUUUUGCUUUCUUUUCUUUGGUAAAUUCUAUUUUGGCACAAAGGUAAGGAGGAGGCGGGGGGGGUUGUUUCAUUUUUGCGGAGCAGAAUACACACACACAUACACACAUUGAGUGCCUACUGAACCCCAAGAUCUGGGGUGGCCAUCUUUCUUUUUCUAAUAUGAGUCAUGGGUCAGAGCAAAAAAUAAUACCAGGAACAGUGAGGGGAAGGCAGGAGGUGGGGAGGAGAGAGAGAGAGAAUGUGAGCAUUCCACUCUAGCUGGAUUACCUUUCCUGGAAGUGCUAGAGAUAUGUCCAUUAUAACCCCCUCACCUCACCCCAUGCCUUUAUUUGCACAUUGUUUUCAAAGCCUGGUUUACAAAGAAUUAAGCCUGGCACAUAGGGUCCUUUUAAUAAAGAAUC